AAGUAAAUUAUGGUUUUGAAUAUUUGUCGGACAGUUUGCAAGAAAUUUUUUUGGCUGAUAUGAGAGAAAGAUUGACUGGGGAAGAUUUAGGGCAUGCCCAAAUAUUAGCCGAAUUAUCCCUGUUUGAUGAAAAGUUUGAAAAUUCCCAAGUCUGCCAAGUAAACAAAUUAGGAAAAGAAUUUAAUGUUGCCCUUAAAAUAUUACAAGGAGAAAAGGAAAAACAAGAAAAUAAUUCACAAAAUUUUCGGGAAGAAAAAGAGAAAUUAAUUCGAGAAAUCAAUGAAUUAAAAAAGGAAUUAGAGGAUUUACGAAUCGAAAACGAAAAUUAUAAAGAGGCUAAUGUUCUGAUUAGAGAAAAAUAUGAAAGGAUAAUGGAUGAAAAUCCCCAUUUGUGA